AAUAUGGUACGUGUGGAAAGAUGUUCAAACAAAAUUCAGAUUUAAUUAUAAAGAGAAAAUGUGAUGGAAAGAAACCUUGUAAAUGUAGUGAAUGUGGGAAGACCUUCAGAGACCAUGCUAUUCUUGUUCAGCAUCAAAGAACUCAUAGUGGAGAGCGACCCUAUAAAUGUGAUGAAUGUGGAAAAGGUUUUAACCAGAGUUUCCACUUAACAAACCAUCAGAAGACUCAUACAGGGGAAAAGCCCUACAAAUGCAACGAAUGUGGGAAGGCCUUCAGUUAUUGCUCAGUUCUUAUCCAACAUCAGAGAAUUCAUAGUGGGGAGCGACCUUAUGAGUGUACUGCAUGUGGCAAGACCUUCAGUCGUAGUACAUACCUUACACAGCAUCAAAGAAUACACACUGGUGAGAAACCCUAUAAAUGUCUUGAAUGUGGAAAGGCUUUUAGUCAGAGCACACAUCUUACUCUGCAUCAGAGAAUCCAUACUGGAGAGAAACCUUAUGAAUGCAAUGAAUGUGGUAAGUUCUUUAGUCAAAGUGCACAUCUUACUCAACAUCAGAGAAUUCAUACAGGAGAAAAACCUUAUGAAUGUAAUGAAUGUGGGAAAGCCUUCAGUGAUCACUCAGCUCUUAUUCGACAUCAUAUCAUUCAUACUGGGGAGAAACCCUACGAAUGUAAUGACUGUGGUAAAGCUUUCAGUUAUUGUUCAGACCUCAUUCAACAUCAGAGAACGCAUACUGGAGAGAAACCAUACAAAUGCAAUGAAUGUGGGAAUGCCUUUAGUGAUUAUUCAACCCUUAUUCAACAUCAAAGAAUUCACACUGGAGAAAAGCCCCAUGAGUGUAAUGAAUGUGGGAGAGCCUUUGGUAACUAUUCAGCUCUUAUUCAACAUCAAAAAACUCAUACUGGAGAAAAACCUUAUGAAUGUAAGGAAUGUGGAAAAGCCUUCAGCAGAAGCACAUACCUUACUCAACAUCAGAGAAGUCAUACAGGAGAGAAACCAUAUAAGUGUAAUGAAUGUGAGAAAACUUUCAGCCAGAGUUCAUUCCUUAUGCAACAUAUAAGGAUUCAUACUGGAGAAAAGCCCUACAAAUGCAAUGAAUGUGGGAAAGCUUUUAGUGACCGAUCAGGGCGUAUUCAGCAUCAGAGAACUCACACUGGAGAGAAACCCUAUGAAUGUAAUGACUGUGGGAAAACUUUUAGUUUCUGUUCAGCCCUUUUUCAACAUAAAAGAAUCCAUACUGGAGAGAAGCCCUAUAAAUGCAAUGAUUGUAGAAAAGCCUUUAGUGAUCGGUCAGGAUUUAUUCAGCAUCAGAGAAUUCAUACCGGUGAGAAACCUUAUAAAUGUAAUGUAUGUGGAAAAGUCUUCAGUCAGAGUACAAACCUCACAAAUCAUCAGAAAACUCAUACUAAUGAAAAAUCCUAUAAAUGUAAUGAAUGUGGAAAAGCCUUUAGUUAUUACUCAGGCCUCAUCCAACAUCAGAUUACUCAUACUGGAGAGAAACUUUAUGAAUGCAGUAAAUGUGGCAAAGCCUUCAGCCGAAGGAUGGACCUUAAAAAACAUCAGAAAACUCAUACUGAAGAGAAACCUUUCAAAUGUAAUGAAUGUGGGAAAGCCUUUGGCCAGAGCACCUAUCUUACAAAACACCAGAAAAUUCACAGUGGAGAGAAAUCCAGUAUACAUACUGAGUAUAGCAAAACCUUUAAACAAAAUUCUUCUAUUCAACAUGAGAAAACUCACAGUGGAGACAAAUCUUCUGACUGCCUUGAGAGUUUGAUUAGUGUGGAGUUCCUUCCCAGGGAAAUGGAAGGAAGAUCAUGA